AUGAAUAACGUUUUGAACUGUGGUAAUACUGAUAAUGAAAAUUCUAAAGUGAAGCAGGCUGAGGCCAAUCCCGAAAUAAGGAAUUUAAGAUUGGAAGAAGACUGUAAUCCAGACACAAGUAAUCUUCAACUCCAAUCACAUGAAAAAACGGUAUUGGACUAUUUGGAAGAUUUACAACCCUCCAACUUCACCACCCAUGACCCAUCUCAUGAAGAAACUAUUCCUUCCAACUAUUCUCCUCAAUACUUUCUGGUCCUUAAAGAAGAUGCCUAUAAUUACUCUUCAGACUCUGCCAAUUCGUCAACUACUGCUUCACCAAUGCCCUUUUCUGUAAACACAUCUGUAUUUUCCAAUUCUAUUCCCCUCCUUCAAGAAGAAACAGCACCAUCAAGAAUUCCUUCUGCAAUCAAUCAGUCGUAUGAGGAUGAUGAAGUAUUUAUUCCUCCUUUGAAAAUUCCGACAUCAUCUCGUCGCUUAGAAAUGAUAAACGAGACAGCUUCACAUUCUGAUCGAGAAGAAGUGGGUGAUGAGUAUUCAGAUGAUUAUGACGAAGAAGUAGCUCAGUAUUUGGACAUGGUUGAAGUUUUAACCGAGUUCACGGAUUGUGAUGAAACUCUUUCCAACCUUAAUUCAAGCUCUUCUUCGAUUUCAUCCAUUCGAUCUGUUUCUUCUGCUGCUUCAAAACACCCCUCAUCACCUCGAUCCCUUAACUCCAUUUCUUCUGGCGGCAAUCAGACAAAUCAUGGAGUCAAAAACCUUUGGUCAAAACGACCGUCAGAGCCGAACUUGGCAAAGAAAAAACCUUCUUCAAACACCUCCACAAGACCUCCUUUUCUUCCAUCAUCGACCUUCACCAAACCAGAACAUUAUGUCUCUCAAUAUGCAGUAAUUGAGAAGCCCUCGAUAAAGAAAAACAAACCUAGCACAAAUAACAAUACAAGCAAGCAAAAUACCGUCGUCAAAGAGAAAAAGCAAACAAAACAGGUAGAUAACGGAAGUAGUGAAGAAAGUGACAACAAUCGGAAACAAAACUCAAAGAAAGUGGUAACCAGUGUAUCGAAUCAAACAAGAAGUGGACCGACAAAUUCUCUUUCUAACUCAUCUGUGACCAACACUCUGUCACUUCCUAACGCAACACAUACAUUUUUAAAACGGAAAAGUAUAUCAUUUGUUAUUCCAUCAUCCUCUCCUUCAAUAGGAGCACCAAAACCUCCGACUAGUAAGCCGCCAAUUGAAAGAUUGGCUUCUUCAAGAAAAAACAAAACGACAGAACAACCAAAGCAGUCUUCUAAUCAAAAACCACUUGAAAUGGGAGAUGCUAAGGCUGCUACAACUCGAUCUUCUGCACAGUCUCCCAUAAUCAAUCCUCCAAUUAGUUCUUUCAUUGCAGAAUAUCAAGGAAGAAAAAAGAAAGUUGAAUUUGUUGCUGGGUCCAACUCAAUCACAACUCUUCGUGCAAUUGAAAGGAAAAUUAAGGAAAAAUUUGAAAUCAAUAGAAAAGAGAAAAUUCUUCUCAUGUACUUUGACAAGGAGUAUAAACAAUGGUUAGAUGUGGACACUAUCAAAGAUUUGAAAGGAGCUAAAGUGAGAGUACAACUUGUUGUGAACAAACCUGAUACCUCUCCAUCCAACAAGUCGCCGAACAUCUCAGAGUCUCCAGCUGAAAGUCCUUUGUCUCCGUUUGGUGAGUCUUUUGAAAUGUCCAAAGGUUGGAUUGUAAUGAAAUCCUUAGGCCUAGGAAGUUUCGGAAAAGUUAUACUGGUGUAUGAUUCCAUUAAUAACGAGAUGAUUGCUGUCAAGAAAAUACUUUACUCUCCAGAAACAAAUGUCAAGCAAAAAAUUGAAAGGGAAACCUCAAUUAUGAAAAGUUUAAAGCAUGAAAAUAUUGUUCAAUUUAAGGGAGUUGAAUUUUCUUCAGAGUGGGUGUAUAUUAUGAUGGAAUUUAUGAGCGGAGGUUCUUUGAAACAGGUGUUAAAACGAAUGGGAAGAGGUUUGACAGAAGGAGUUAUACAGCUAUACUUGAAACAAAUUCUCAGUGCCUUAAAGUAUCUCCAUGAAGAACGUGACGAGCCUAUCUUUCAUAGAGAUCUAAAAUGUGACAACAUAUUGCUAAAGGUGAGUAGAACAUUUAUUAUCAAAGAAUGGUACAUUACUUCGAAAAAGAAUGCAGAGCUUAUAAAGCUGUGCGAUUUUGGAGAGUCGAAACUUAUAUGUAAGAAGAGCCAUUUAGAUAAAUCGAAGCAAUCGGGAUCGUUAACGUUAUCAAAAACAAAAGGAGCACUCACAGGUACCAUUCCAUUCUUAUGCAUUGAGCAGUUGAAAGGGGAAAUUAAUUUCAAACGUUCGCAUGCCCCUGAUAUAUGGAGUCUGGGAAUGACCAUUCUUGAAAUGCUUUUAGGAAAAAACAUUUGGUUUCUUUUCUAUCCUUCAAACUUAACAACCGAGUAUCAAUAUGUAGAGUUCAUGAUCAACAAUGUCCAUUUGAUACACCAGAAUAUUCCUACCUCCAUUUCCAAUGACUUGCGCGAUGUAAUUUUGAGAUGUCUUGAAUUAAAUCCUGAAAAACGACCAAAAGCAAGCGAGCUCUUGUCACAUCCUUUCUUCACGAUAGACUUCUCAGAGAGUAUCAAGAAUGAUAUGUGUGAUAUUUACAAACAAAUUGACGCCAUUCGAGAAGAAUAUCAUCGAUUACAUCUUGCCAAACUUCCCACCUAUAGGUCGCUCACUAAGGAAAAUGAACCUGUUUCUUUGGAUUCCAUGUCCCUCUCGAAAUCCUUCUUUGAAUAG